UUCACAUGAAUCUACAGUAUCAUGGCAGUGGUAGAAGAAAAGGGCUUUGCAAGUGGAAGAGAGGAUUACACCCAAGAUGGCACAGUGGACCUCAAAGGUAGACCCGUUUUAAGAUCAAAUACUGGAAGAUGGAGAGCUUGUUCCUUCAUAGUAGGGUAUGAAAUGAUUGAAAGAAUGGCAUAUUAUGCGAUAGCAUCAAACCUAGUGCAGUAUCUAACAAAGAAGCUCCACGAGGGCACUGUGAAAUCUUCAAACAACGUUACCAACUGGUCUGGUACAGUGUGGAUUAUGCCAGCUGCAGGGGCUUACAUAGCCGAUGCCUAUCUUGGCCGUUAUUGGACCUUUGUAAUAGCAUCAGCCAUUUACCUUCUGGGAAUGUGUUUGUUGACUCUAGCAGUGUCACUACCAGCAUUGAGACCGCCACCAUGUGCUCCCGGCAUAGCAGACAAGGAUUGCCAACGAGCAUCGUCGUUUCAAGUGGGAAUUUUCUUCUUUGCCUUGUACAUCAUUGCAGCAGGCACAGGGGGAACCAAGCCCAACAUUUCCACAAUGGGAGCAGACCAAUUUGAUGAGUUUGAGCCCAAGGAGAGGUCCCAAAAGCUUUCCUUCUACAACUGGUGGGUGUUUAAUAUUCUAAUUGGAACCAUUACUGCCCAAACUCUCUUGGUUUACAUACAAGACAAGGUUGGUUUUGGACUUGGUUAUGGAAUCCCAACCAUUGGGCUAGCCGUUUCAGUUUUGGUGUUUCUUUUAGGAACUCCACUUUAUAGGCAUAGAUUGCCCUCAGGAAGCCCUUUAACAAGGAUGGUUCAGGUCUUGGUGGCAGCUAUGAGGAAGUGGAAGGUACAUGUCCCACAUGAUCUAAAUGAGCUACAUGAGUUGAGCAUGGAAGAGUUUUAUGCAGGCAAAGGGAGAAGCAGAAUUUGUCACAGCUCUUCGUUAAGCUUCCUUGACAAAGCUGCGGUAAAGACAGGCCAAACAUCACCGUGGAUGCUUUGCACUGUGACUCAAGUUGAGGAAACCAAGCAAAUGAUGAAAAUGAUUCCAAUUUUGAUUACUACAUGCAUUCCAAGCACCAUAAUAGCUCAAACCACCACACUCUUCAUCAGACAAGGCACCACACUUGACAGGAACAUGGGACCCCAUUUUGAAAUCCCUCCAGCAUGUCUCAUAGCAUUUGUAAACAUCUUCAUGCUGACAAGUGUUGUGAUCUACGACCGCCUUUUCGUUCCCGCGAUCCGGCGCUACACAAAGAACUCCAGAGGGAUCUCCUUGCUGCAGAGACUUGGAAUUGGCCUUGUGCUACAUGUUAUUAUAAUGCUCACUGCAUGCUUUGUUGAGAGGAAGAGACUCAGUGUUGCAAGAGAAAAACACCUCUUAGGUGCGCAAGAUACAAUUCCUCUUACUAUUUUCAUCCUCCUCCCUCAGUUUGCUUUGACAGGGAUUGCUGAUACCUUUGUUGAUGUUGCUAAGUUGGAGUUCUUCUAUGAUCAAGCACCAGAAGCCAUGAAAAGUUUGGGAACAUCAUAUUUCACAACCACCAUAAGCAUUGGAAAUUUUCUUAACAGUUUUCUUCUUUCAACUGUUUCUGAUCUCACCCUUAGACAUGGUCAUAAGGGUUGGAUCUUGGAUAAUCUAAAUGUCUCCCAUUUAGAUUAUUACUAUGCAUUCUUGGCCGUGCUAAGCUCUACCAACUUACUUUGCUUUGUGGUUGUUGCCAAGUUAUAUGUCUACAAUGAUGAUGUAACACAAACCAAAAUGGAGUUGGGUAUGAACCAUGCUUCAUCUAAGAACAAUACUGGAAUAAGUUUAAGUAGCCCACAACCAGAUGGCAAGUCCUAGGGAAUACAGCUUCUCUGUUCUUGCUAUAAGCCUUUUGAAAAUGUAAAGAAAUUAAGCUUCAAUUGUAUCAUGCCCUUGCUCCUUGCCAGUUCAGUUAAAUAAAGCUUCACAGCAAUGUGCUUUUGUUGUUUAAAAGCCAAUGAAGCUAACAUGCAUGAAUUUUCAUGUUUCA